GGAUUUUGCCAUCACUCACUUUUAUAGGUUUUUUUCUCAAACGUACGCACUACGUUACAAACUAUGAACAUGGCUAACAAAAUUCAUAAAGUAUUUGUGUAUGGAACAUUGAAGAAAGGUGAACCGAAUCAUCAUUGGCUGACAGAUAUUAAAAAUGGAGCAGCCAAUUUCGUCUCGAGAGCUACUACAAAUGAUAAAUAUCCUCUAGUAAUAGCAACAAGAUAUAACAUACCAUUUUUACUGGACAAGCCGGGAGAAGGAUACAAUGUUUCCGGAGAAAUUUAUGAGGUAGAUGACAAAAUGUUAAGUAACUUGGAUGUCUUAGAAGAUCACCCGAACCUUUACGUGCGUGAAUUAGCAGAUGUCUCAAGUGAUGAAAGUCGACACUCGUGUUGGAUAUAUCUAUUAAAAACAUUCCCUCCAGCUUUACUGUCUGCAUUAUUUCUUGAAAAUUAUACUAAUAAACCACCCAACCCACUAUACGCACCAAGAUCCAGUAGAACAAUUGACAUCAAAGAUGAUUUGGACUAUAAGUUAGUAGUUUAAUGUGUAUGUGUGUAAAAAUAUUUAUAUGAUUUGUUAUUUACGAUGCAAUGUUUAAUAAAAAUAAAGAUACUAAUAAAUUUUCUUAGUUAAUGAAGAUCGCAUAGUAUGGAAAAAUUUGAACAUGAGAUAUAUAUCUGUUUUAUAUUAAACUUAGAGUAAU